GCCGUCUUGCAUUUCCCCCAUAAAUGUACUAGCCUUCUGACGUUCCACUAGGAAUGCUUGACACCGGAUUUGUGAUUGUAGAAGCACGGAGGAGAGGGUGUCUUCAAGGGAGUUUCUUGGUCUGCUGCUAGUAAGCCUUGUAGUUUAAAUUCGAGGAUUAGUUAGCUAAACAAGGGGAGAAGGCUAACAAAUUUACUCAUUCAAACGUAUUGCCGCAUUCGGGACAGCCACAGAGUCGUUAGCCAACGAUAUCAUCAACUUUACUACAUUGAACAUUGAGACGACAAGUACAUCUACAAUAGUUCUGAAUUCGGGCACCAUGUUCAAAAGGAAUGGCAAGAAGGACCCAGAACUAAUCCAGAAUGUGUCGGAGGGGCUGAAAAAGCUGUACAAGACCAAACUCUUUCCCUUGGAAGAUACCUACCACUUCCACGAUUUCCAUUCACCGGCUUUGGAAGAUGCCGACUUUGACAACAAGCCUAUGGUACUAUUGGUUGGCCAAUACUCCACGGGUAAAACCACAUUUAUCCGGCAUCUUAUGGAGCAAGAUUUUCCCGGCAUGCGGAUAGGGCCCGAACCGACCACCGACUCCUUCAUAGCGGUCAUGCAUGGAGAGCAGGACGGGCUGAUACCAGGCAACGCUCUAGUAGUUGACCCCAAGAAACCCUUCAGAAAACUCAACGCUUUUGGCAACGCCUUUCUUAACAGGUUUGUGUGUGCUCAGAUGCCCAACGCUGUAUUGGAGAGCAUCAGCAUUAUUGAUACCCCAGGAAUCCUGUCUGGAGAAAAGCAGAGGAUCAGCAGAGGCUAUGACUUUGCUGCAGUGCUGGAGUGGUUUGCAGAGCGUGUUGACCGCAUCAUUCUGCUCUUCGACGCCCACAAGCUAGACAUCUCGGAUGAGUUCUCUGAGGUGAUACGCUCCCUGAAGAACCAUGAGGACAAGAUGCGGGUGGUUCUGAACAAGGCUGAUCAGAUUGGCACACAGCAGCUGAUGAGGGUCUAUGGCGCCCUCAUGUGGUCGCUUGGUAAAAUUGUCGGUACGCCAGAGGUGAUCCGGGUGUACAUUGGUUCUUUUUGGGCUCAGCCGCUCCUGGUCGCAGACAACCGGAAGCUUUUUGAGGCAGAGGAACAGGACCUUUUCAAGGACAUCCAGGGGCUGCCUCGGAAUGCUGCUCUGAGGAAGCUCAAUGACCUCAUCAAGCGGGCUCGCCUCGCCAAGGUCCACGCCUACAUUAUCAGCUCUCUAAAGAAGGAGAUGCCCAACAUGUUUGGGAAGGAGAAUAAGAAGAAGGAGCUGAUUGCUAAUCUGGGGGAGAUCUACACGAGGAUUGAGAAAGAGCACCAGAUCUCACCCGGAGACUUCCCCAAACUAGCUAAGAUGCAGGAGAUCUUGGCUAACCAGGACUUCAGUAAGUUCCAGGCGGUGAAGCCCAAGCUGCUGGAGGCUGUUGAGGACAUGCUAGCCAACGACAUAGCCAAACUCAUGACCCUCGUCCGCCAGGAGGAGGCAGCCAUGCCCAGCCAGUCAGUCCAGGGUGGCGCCUUUGAGGGCACCAUGAACGGGCCUUUCGGCCAUGGCUACGGCGAGGGUGCAGGCGAGGGCAUUGAUGAGCUGGAGUGGGUGGUGGCACGAGACAAACCCACCUACGACGAGAUCUUCUACACCCUGUCUCCUGUCAACGGCAAAGUGUCAGGCGCCUUGGCCAAGAAGGAGAUGGUGAAGUCCAAGCUGCCCAACACAGUGCUGGGAAAGAUCUGGAAGCUGGCUGAUGUAGACAAGGAUGGAUACCUGGACGAUGAAGAGUUUGCCCUUGCCAAUCACUUGAUCAAGGUGAAGCUUGAGGGGCAUGAGCUUCCCACUGAUCUGCCAGAACACCUUAUCCCUCCCUCCAAAAGGGGACUGUAGAAUUGGACAUCUUUCAUAUAUAUAGAUAUAUAUCUAUCUCUAAGCCCUUAUCUAUUUAUUCAGGCACAUCCCUGUGUGUGUGUGGGAGGGAUGUGCCUGAAUAAAUUAGAUGGGGGGCUUAGAGGUUUUUUGGAGUGAGUGGGAUGAGUUAAAAGGGAAAGGUGUAUUUUUGGCCAAAGUAAAUGACAGUUGGUGAGUGUUUUGAGAAGAAUCAUUCUGGUUAGGGUGUAGUCUUACGUCAAAUGGCGCAACAGUCAUCUGCAUAACUGCAUGUCGUAUUAGAACGAUUCCAUCUGAUGUGAGACAAUGAAGGAGGAGGUCUGGGUAGGGCUAUGAGAAUGGUGUUGAGGUGAAAUGAAUGUUAGACUCACUAUAUGAUAAUUAGCAUAGUCCAUUCAAAGAUAAAAAUAUAUGAUAAUUAGCAUAGUCCAUUCAAAGAUAAAAAUAUGAAUUUCUCUAACUUCACCUUAAUCCCUUAUCUUCCUUAGUACUUAUUUGUCUUACCAUUACCUUUAUCAAAAGGCCUUUGUUGUAGUUAUCAUGUAUCAAGUUCAAUCUCCACUUUGGGACCUGCUGAAUUUAUUGCGCUUCAAUUAAUUGUAUGGCCAUUACUUUUCAUUUUUUUCCUCAUGUCACUCAACAAAUCAAACGAUUACAAAGAAAUAAGGGUAACUCAUAAACAUUCUAUUUAAACCUAGUCUUCCAUUAAGUUUGAUUUGUCAGUUUAAUCAAUUGUUUAUUCUACUUACAGAUUUAUAAUCAUAUGAUAUAAUUUAUAAUCAAAACCAUUUGUAUCUUUAGCUUUUCCUAACGCCAUUAUAAAGCAAAGUAUUCUUUGUCUGAAAACAAGUUUUUGAAGGGGGAAUAUAGAUGCAUUCAUACUGUCACGGAUUUAACACUGACAAACUAGUGUCUUGGACGACCUUGACUAGCUACUACCUGGUGUCAUUUUGAACAUCUGUCUGAAAACUUUCCAGUAAACCAUAUAUUAUGUAAAAAAAAAAA